ACAUAUAUAAUGUAUAAUAAAUGAAUAAAUGUAAAAAAAAUGUAUGUUAGAAAAAAAAAUACUGUAGGAAUCAAUCGCGUUUACGUAUCAACUAUGAACUUUGACCCCUAUAGACCCACAUGGCCAGUGUGGUGCUUGCAGUUCAGCAUGCCUGCCCCGAAAACUGAGCAGAAACCUGAAGACACAAUGAGUAUAGCAAAAAAAGAAACAACAAAACGAAAAAACACUGAAGAGGACAAUGACCAGCUACCUAUAUUUGACGGUCAGGAUGGUCCUGCCAUUGAGGGAGAUAACGACGACCUUUCAGACAGUGAGGAGAGCGUGUUCUCUGGGCUUGAGGAUUCUGGAUCUGACAGCGAAGAUGAAGAUGAGAAGAACGAUGAAGAAGAUGAUGCUGAUGAUGACGAUGAUCUGAAAGAGGAUGACGAAGUUUCAUCUGAUGAGUGUUUGGACGUUGACGCAGACGGUAUGAAGAGCAGUGAUGGCGAAACAGAUGCAAAAAAAUCUGAGCCUGAAGAGAAUUCUACCAAGAUGUUGAUGAAGAAGAUUAAGACUAAGAAGGAGAAGAAGAAGACAGACACUGCUGAAGAAGGAGUGGAGGGUAAGAAGGCCAGCAGAGAAAAUGGACUGACCCCUAUCCCUCGAACAGAUGAGUACGACCAGGACACAUCAGAUGAGGAGGAUAUCCGCAAUACUGUUGGUAACAUCCCCAUGGAGUGGUACAAGGACUACCCGCACAUUGGCUAUGACCUGGAUGGCAAGAAGAUCUUCAAACCCAUCCGAAACAAGGACGAGCUGGAUGAGUUCCUGGACAAGAUGGAGAACCCUGAUUACUGGCGCACUGUACAUGAUAAAACAACAGGCUCAGAUAUUCGUCUCUCGGAUGAACAGGUUGACCUGGUGCAUCGCCUUCAGAGAGGACAGUUUGGUGACGUCAACUUCAAUGAGUAUGAGCCUGCUGUGGACUUCUUCACCUGCGAGACCAUGAUUCAUCCGGUAACCAACAGGCCAAUGGACAAGCGCAGUUUCAUCCCCUCUCUACUCGACAAAGAAAAAGUGAGCAAGAUGGUCCACGCCAUCAAGAUGGGAUGGAUCAAGCCGCGCAAGCCCAAGGACACCACACCGCAGUACUACGACCUGUGGGCGAAGGAGGACCCUAACGCCAUCCUGGGGCGCCACAAAAUGCACGUGCCCGCACCCAAGAGCAGGCUGCCCGGCCACGAGGAGUCCUACAACCCUCCGCCAGAGUACCUGCUCUCAGAGGAGGAGAAACUGGCGUGGGAGCAGCAGGAUCCUGAGGACAGGAAGUUGAAUUUCCUGCCCCAGAAGUACCCUUGCCUGCGUGCCGUGCCCUCUUUCUCCCGCUUCAUCCAUGAGCGCUUUGAGCGCUGCCUCGACCUUUACCUGUGCCCACGCCAACGCAAGAUGAGGGUGAAUGUGAACCCAGAGGACCUCAUUCCCAAACUGCCCAAACCCAGAGACCUCCAGCCCUUCCCCACCACCCAGUCUCUGGUGUACCGCGGUCACACCAGCCUCGUGCGCUGUAUUAGUGUGUCCCCCACUGGACAGUGGCUUGUGUCAGGUUCGGACGAUGGCACCGUGCGUUUCUGGGAGGUCAACACGGCGCGCUGCAUGAAGACCAUUGAGGCGGGCGGACCCAUCAAGAGCGUCGCCUGGAGCCCCAACCCGGCCGUCUGCCUGGUAGCUGUGGCGUUUAACGAGACGGUGGUGCUCAUGAACCCCGGCCUGGGCGACCGCCUGAUCUCCAGCGCCACGGACCAGCUGAUCACUGCCUACGAGGAGCCAGAGGAGGCCCGUGAGCAGCCCGUGCAGUGGGCUACCGCCGAGGGCAAGGAGCACGAGCAGGGCUACCGCCUGGUGCUCACACACCCGAAGGCAGUCCGGCAGGUCACAUGGCACGGCAAGGGCGACUACCUGGCCAGCGUCAUGCCCGACAACACCAACAACAUGCAGGUGCUCAUCCACCAGGUGAGCAAGCGGCGCACGCAGAACCCCUUCAGCCGCAACAAGGGCCAGGUGCAGUGCGUGGCCUUCCAUCCGCUGCGACCUUUCUUCUUCGUGGCCACGCAGCGCUUCGUGCGCGUCUACAACCUCAUCAAGCAGGAGAUGGCCAAGAAGCUCGCGGCCAACUGCAAGUGGAUCUCCAGCAUGGCCAUCCACCCAGGAGGCGACAACGUGAUCUGCGGCAGCUACGACUCGCGGCUCACUUGGUUUGAUUUGGACUUGGCCACCAAGCCUUACAAAGUACUCCGGCACCACAAGAAGGCCCUGAGAGGCGUGGCCUACCACAGGAGCUACCCCCUCUUUGCCUCGGCCUCGGAUGACGGGAGUGUCAUCGUCUGCCAUGGCAUGGUGUACAAUGAUCUGUUGCAGAACCCGCUCAUUGUUCCGGUGAAGGUUCUAAAGGGUCACGCCAUCACCCACGACCUCGGAGUCCUGGAUGUGGUGUUCCACCCCACCCAACCAUGGGUGUUUUCCUCAGGGGCUGAUGGCACCGUCCGCCUCUUCACCUAAACAUCUUCCUCUGCCUGACCCCACCUGACCCCACAGUGACCCUCGGCCCUCACACCUCCGGGGCAGCCCAUGACCUGAUCUCACCCGACGACCAGAAACCUCCCAUCCAAUCAUGAUUCGGGACCAGCGGCGCAGGAGGCAAAUCAUCAAGUCCAUCGCAGACUCGUUCACACACACACACACACACACACACACACACACACACACACACACACACACACACACACACACACACACACACACACACACACACUUUUUUCCCAAGUCAUGAGAGUGCUCCAGCACACCCACUCGAACACUGGUGUACAUGCUCACUCGUUCCCUCGCUCUCUCCUUCCAGCUCACACUGCAGGCACCCCUCUGCCGAAACUGACACUGUUAAAUAAACAGGUUCAAUUUCAAACACCACCCCAGAUCUGGAACCAACAGGGGGGGGGAAACAGCCCGCUUCCGCCCUGCGCGGCUCACAGUUGCCUCGCAGGCCAAUCAAGAUGGAGUGCUAAUCCUCUGACAGCCAGACAGUUUGUUAAAAAACAUCACGCACACACACACACACUCCGCCGGAUCAUGCCAAAGGCAACAACAUUUGAGAAGAAAGCGAUUGUGAGCUUCACCAGACUGCUGUCCAGCAAAGCAAACCAGACAUUUAUGUUUCGUGUCCUCCCUUGAAGUUGAAUGACUGAAAGCCUUGUUUCCCCCCACACACACAUCCCCCCCGCCACACACACACACACUUUUAAUUCUUUGGCGCUACUGGUAUUCAUGAAAAAUCACACCAGGCUGCGAAGUUAUGUUUUUGUUUAUGUAACCUUGUCAGAGUUUAGAGCCUUUACCUGCUAUCUUUGAUGACCAUUUUUAAUUAAACGUGGUGUUUCUUGAAA